AUGGGGGUCCGGAUGUGGAGUCCACAUGACACUACAUUUGACUGGAACGACGAAGUUAUGCUUCAAUACAGGACGCCACGACAUCUACCCGCGUCGGCAGCUGUAGAACGGGGUCCUGCUAUUGACAUAUCGCAGUCCUGGUUCGUGCCUAACAUCCGUCAACCAGGGCCGCCGCCGCUCAUUCUGCGCUCUGAGCCUCACUCGACGACUUCGGUGUCAGACGGCCUGCUCGAUUUAGGAGCGGGGUCGCCAGCCAUCAGCAUCUCCACUCGAAAUCACCAGUCCUGCCAUCCAAAGCAUCUGCGAAAGACCCGUGUAUUCGUGAAAGAUUGGACUGGUGAUGCGGCGGGGAUGGACCAAGAGAGGCCCAUGAGUCAAGAAGGGAAAAAACGGCCCAUCCUCCCACUACAUAUGGAAGCAAAGGCGCAGGGUCGUUGGGAAGAAGCUGAGAAGCUGGAGGUGGAGGGCCGGGAAGAGGAAGCUCUUGCUCUGAUGCAAGAUUGUAUUGAUCGCUUAAAGAAAAAGCUUGAGGGCUGGUACAAGCAAUCGUCAGCAACCGGCGGGCUUCCUAAUGAGAGCAGCAACGAGGACGGCAGCGAUUGUGCGGAAUUGAUUGCAUUGCUACAUGAUAUGGCGGUUUCCUCUCAUCUUCAGAUGGCUUUCAACGUGUUUCCACAUUAUGGUUAUUCGGGUGAAUAUGCGGGUGGGUGA